UCUCAAACCUGUUGCCUCCGCUGUGGUCUUAGUGCCAUGGCGGACGGCUUGAGGCAAUUCGACAUUGUCUCGGGUGCCGGCAAGUUUGAUCAAGGCCCCUCUCUCUAUGCUGUAUUGUCUAGAUAUUUGACUUUCAAGAGGCUAUUAUCCGUAUACGCGUUGUCUAGAUGCCUAAAACCAAUCCGAAGGGGCUCUCUAAAGAAAUAAAAAAAGAGUCGAAAAAUGCAUCACAACCCCAACCCUGGGUCUUCAUCCCUUUUUGGUGAACAAUGAACAUUACUUGCCGUUUUUGCAACUCAAUGAGGUUGGUUUCGCACACUUAAAUGCCUCAGCCGCGGGUUCAAUUCUG